CUCGCCCGUGCACGCGCGUCGCGGGUGCCUUGCGUUCCGGUCACGUGACGUUACCCCUCGCGCGCGCGCGCACACCGGAACAUCAAGGAGGAGGCGGCGGCUCGGAUGACUCCACGGUCGCCUCAGAUAUGGAUUACAAGGCCGUGUUUGCAGCCUUGGAGAUAGUAUGUGAGGACACCGUUUCCAUCUUGUGCGGGCCCUCCGACUUGCCGUACGGCGCCGUUGCCACGCGUCUGGUCACGUGCAUGAGAGACAUUCAGGAGCACGGCCGAGCCCUGGAGCCCGUGAUCGCCAGCUUCAGCGCCAUCUUCCACCAUUACGACUUCGAUGCACAGACGCCCGGGAAUGGCUACCGCACCCUGGCCAAGGUCCUGCUGUCUUGCCUUUUGCACAUCAUCCACAAGGGACGUUACAUCGCCUCCAACUACAACAGUGCCUUCUUCCGGGCGGAGCACAACGCGUCUGAGAUGGAGGCGUACUGCAGCGCGCUGUGCCAGCUGCGCGCGUUGCUGCACCUGGCCGAGCAGCUGGUCCACGACAACGGCUACGGCCAGCUGUACUCCCUGCAGGACGGGGACCUGAGCCGCCAGUUUGUCCGGGAGUACAGCUCCAUGCACAAGGCCUGCUUCUACGGCCGCUGCCUGGGCUUUCAGUUCUCGCCGGCUCUACGUCCAUUCCUCCAGACUGUUGUCAUAAGCAUGGUAACAUAUGGGGAGACGUACAGCAAACAGCAGUCGGGUUUGGGCUUGGCGGCCCUCUCCCUCCUCACGUCGGGAAAGUACGUCAUCGAUCCGGAGCUGCGGGGCGCCGAGUUUGAACGCAUCACCCAGAACCUGGACAUGCAGUUCUGGAAGUCCUUCUGGAACCUCACAGAGUCCGGCGUUUUAGCAGGCUUCAGCAGGAUAGCCUCCUACCCGGUGCAGGUGAACUUCACCUUGAGCGUGCCUCCUGUCCCUCUCCAACUCCCGCUGGCCUCGGACCCCAGCCUAACAGCCACCGUGUCCCCUCCGAUAGCCCACUGGGGCCCCGGCCCAGUGCACAUGCGUCUGAUCUCCUGUGAGCUGCGAGAAGGACAGGAGAGCGAAGAGCUGCUUGCUUAUUCACGGGGCGACCCCCCGACCAUCUCCGCGUCCCACCUCCCCUGGGUCCAGAAGCAACCUCGCUCCCCCUGGCUGCUCAUCCACUUCCACGGAGGCGGCUUCGUGGCCCAGACGUCCAGAUCCCACGAGAAUUAUCUGCGGAGUUGGUCUAAGGCGCUGGGCGUGCCCAUCCUCUCCGUGGACUACUCGCUGUCCCCUGAAGCACCAUUUCCCAGAGCUCUGGAGGAAUGCUUCUACGCCUACUGCUGGGCUCUGAACAACUGCCACCUGCUGGGCUCCACGGCGGAGCGCGUUUGCCUGGCGGGCGACAGCGCCGAGAGAAACCUCUGCAUCACCGUGUCCAUGAAGGCCAUCUGCAGCGGAGUUCGAGUCCCCGACGGCAUCAUGGCCGCCUACCCCGCCACCUUGCUCACCACAGAUGCCUCGCCCUCCCGCCUGCUCACUCUCAUCGAUCCGCUGUUACCUCUCGGUGUCCUCACUAAGUGCAUCAAUGCCUAUGCAGGUGCUCACUCCCAGACGGUGCAGACGGCGGCGAGCAGCGGCAGCCUGAGCGCUCUGGGCCGAGACACCGCCGCGCUGCUCAGCGAUCUCACCCAGGGAGCCUCCAACUGGAUCCAGUCCUUUCUGGACCCCAUGCGGACGACGGGGGGGACGCGCUCCCUGUCCUCGGCGCAGAGGGGGCCCACGGGCGGCGCGGCUCGCAACCCCGCCGCACAGUGCGGAGCUCAGGUGGAUUACCCAGAGGGCUUUGAGCCCAUGCGCUCCGAGUGCCUGGCCUUUGUCCGCCCGACGUCCUGCCCCAUCAUCAGGAACCCGUUUGUGUCACCCCUGCUGGCUCCAGCCAGCCUGCUGCGAGGCCUGCCGCCUGUUCACAUAGUGGCCUCCGCUCUGGACGCCCUGCUGGACGACUCGGUGAUGUUUGCCAAGAAGCUGCGCGACAUGGGCCAGCCCGUGAGCCUGACGGUGGUGGAGGACCUGCCGCACGGCUUCCUCAGCCUCUACCAGCUCGCCAAGGAGACGGAGGUCGCCGCCGAUAUCUGCGUGGAGCAAAUGAGGACCAUUUUUCAGCAGGGAAACCUUCGCAAGCGGCCAAAGCCGGGGGAGACGCCUCCGAGCGGCAGUCAGUCAGGCUGAGCUUUAUCGACGUGAUGAGGGAGGGGUACGGUGGAUUUGAGAAAGGGCAAACAAGUCAGCGAGAAUUAGGGGGACGAAACGGAGGAUGUAGAGGACGCUUAGGGACACUGCACUUGAAACCUCCACUGCACGUCAUCUUUUCCGGCAUCCGCUACAAUCGAGAGAGACGCCUAGAAAUGUCUUUACCAGCUCUGUGGGGAUCCAAGAUCGUGACAAAAGAGUCGUUGAGGAUUUUGUCCCCGUCACCAGCCCUGUAGUCGUUUCUCAACUGAUGUACUGUACUCAUGUGCCGUAUGUCAGUACUCGAGCUGCUGUGCCUUGAAUUUAAAGUGCCGCUAAAGUGUUUUGCGGAAAAGCUUUGCCUACAUUACCGCACAAACUAAAAAGGUUUACUUGCACAGAAAAACACAUUUCCGGUGCACUCUUAUUAAUAUUUUUAUUAGGUUUGCCGGCCGUAUGAGGACGUGGGUUAUGAAGGUAACUUAUAAGCAAUAUUCUUAACAAUUGUUAAAACUUUAACACUUUGUUGUUUAUAUUUUAAGUCUGAAUUAAAUCAACUUCUGAGGA